AUCCUAAAAGACUAUUAAUUUGAAAUCUAAAUUUUGUAAAAUCCUUAUUUUUGUCUUAUUUUUUAUUUUAAAGAGUAAUGAUAUCUUGAAACCCCACUAAAACGAUACAAGCACUUGAAAUCCAUGACUUCAUCUUUGCUUUUGCUCCUUUUUUUUUUCCUUUUCAAUUACAGAAGUUUAACUUUGUAAUGACCCCCUAAAAUAAAAUUGUUAAGAUAUUGUUUGGAUGUUAAAAUGUCAUUACUCCUAUUUUAAGAGUUUGUACUGGGUGUAUUUUUUUUUAGAGGUGUACGAUUUUUCACAUGUUAAAUAAGAAAACAUAAUCAGGAAAAAGAAAUUCAUAUUUUUUAGAAAAAUAAAGGAAAGACAAAUAAUAGUUAUUUAAAGCAAGGUAGCAUAACAUUACAUUUCUAUUUCCUAGUUCUCAAUUUCUUAUUCCCUAUUCCCCUUUUCCCUACCCUUUUUUGUGUUGUGGUGAAGCGGCUGCGGCAGUUGGGAGAAGAAUGAAUCGAAUCACAGUUCCAAUGGAUGAGCCUAAGCCUUCUUGCCACUCCACACUUUCUACUGCUUCUCACCUUACUCGCUCUGAACUUCUGAAACGCCGUUUCCAGAAUCUGAAGCGUCUCUCCAAGUGUUACAGGGACCUCUACUGGCACCUCAUGGAACACGUCAAGAUUCUCUACAGAAACUACCUUUAUCACUAUGCUCUUAACCCUUUUAGCCACUUCCACUUUCCCACCUGUGCUUUCCUCGGUUGCAACCUCAAGCCCAUGCCUUUCACUUCCUUUUGCCACUUUCACAUUCUCUCCGAUUCCAACCAGAAGCUUUAUAAGCCCUGCAAUUAUGUUAUCAAAGGUUUUAGUAUCUAGUCUUCCUUUGAAACCAAAUAUGACGGAAAGUGCAGAAGCUGGACCUAUAACUUGUGGGAAACCCAUACUGAGAUCCAUUGUUCCAGCUCUUUGCACUGUGCACUCUCACAAGGCUCAGAAGCACCUUGCAAGGGCUUUGAAGAGGAACAGUAGGAACAUUUCCUCCACAACUAACAUCCCUCCUAAAUUUCAUGCCUUGGUGUCAGAAUUUGUAAAACACAUUCAGGCGAGAAGAAAGAAACAACAGGAAAACAAAAGUAAAACUGUGUUCAAAGACAGAAUGAUAGCUGCUUGAAUGUAUGAAAGUGGAUGAUGCAUAUCGUGCUCAUCCUCCUAAACUUCUAAAGUGAAGUCGUAUUGGAUUUUAGAACUUCUUCAUAAAAUUUAAAAUAAUGAAGUCCUGUUAUGUAAUAGUGAUUUUUUUUGUUUUUGUAAAAUAUGUGAAUUGAAGUAGCUAUUACUUUCCAUUUGAUUGAGGGAAAGCA